UUGUGCCUGGAGUUCGGCGGAGAAAGGAGAAACAAUCGAGUGCGGUUGAGUAAUGGAGUAAUGUUUGUUUUACAGGGUUAUUAGAAGUGGAGGAUUGACAGAUGGGAAACUCCAACCAAAAGUCACAUCCAGAUCUGACAGAGUCACUCGAUUCAUCAGAACCUGAAUAUCAUUAGCAUCUGAUUGUGGAAUGAAAAAGGGCAUAAGGCGGGGAAAAUUUACAGACAUGGAGCUCAAUUCAAACAUCACAUCAAGAUCUGACGGUCACUCGAUUCAUCAGGACCUGAACAUCAUCGACCUUUGAAUGUAGAACGAGAAAUUUUUGUCUGUAGGGAAAGAUUUCAAACAUCAGUGUGACUGGAAAAGCACCGAGACACACACACCCAAGUUAGAGUGUUCCAGUGAACUGACUGUGGAAAGAGCUUUAACUAGUUACACAGCCUGAAAAAACAGCACACCAUUCACAGCGGAGAGAAAGUGUACCCCUUUUUCUGUGUGUGGAUGAGGCUUCAACUGAUCAUUGAUUUCUCUGACAGUGACCAUAGUCCCACAGCAUCUCUGUAGAAGCACAAGGACACCCACACCAUGGAGAAACCGUGGAAAUGUGGGGACUGUGGGAAGGGAUUCAAUUACCCAUCCAAACUGGAAACUCAUCGACGCAGUCACACCGGGGAGAGACCGUUCAUCUGUUCUGAUUGUGAGAAGGGAUUCACUCAGUUAUCUACCUUGUUAACACACCAGCGAGUUCACACUGGGGAGAGACCAUUCACCUGCUCCGUGUGUGGGAAGGACUUUACUAAAUCAUCUACCCUGACUGAACACAAACGAGUUCACACCGGGGAGAGGCCAUUCAGUUGCUCUCACUGCGGGAAGAGGUUUGGGCGGUCAUCCAAUCUCACUGAGCAUCUCCGUGUCCACACUGGGGAGAGACCGUUCACCUGCCCCGUGUGUGGGAAGGGAUUCACUUGUUUAACCAACCUCACAUCACACCAACUUGUUCACACUAAUCAGAGACCUUUUCAAUGUUCUGACUGUGAUUCUGGCUUUAAAAGCACAAGGGAUCUGCUGAUACACCAACGCAGCCACACCGGGGAGAGGCCAUUCAUCUGCUCCGAGUGUGGUAAGGGAUUCACUCACGCAUCCAACCUGCUGGCACACCAGCGAGGCCACACCGGGGAGAAGCCAUUCACCUGCUCCAAGUGUGGGAAGAGAUUUCGUCGCUCAUCCGAUGUUCAGAGUCACCAGCGAGUUCACAUGGGGAGGAUCCGUUCAGCUGCUCUGUUUGUGGGAAGGGAUUCACUCACUCAUUCACCCUGCUGAGACACCAGCGAGUUCACAAGUGACUCCAGGGGUUGGAUUCCACAGUUAAUGACAUCCAGGAAUGAACCAUGUUCAUUCUGAUAGUUGGGCUUUGUUUCUGCUGAUGUUAAUAACCACGUAUAAUGGUGUGAAUUUAAUGUUGUGACAAGUGCCAAAUAAAUCAGCAUUAUUUCAAACA